GGGGGAACGCCCAAAGCCCCUUCUCCCAUCUCUACGCCGCGGAUGAAUAACCUGGGCAAUUCCAUGUUUGAUCAAACAAAAUCAUUGCCCCAUGAGAUUGUUAUAUUUGAAGGCUUGUGUCACUUUUUGGAAAUACACAUCAAUUGAAAAUAAGUGCAAAUAUAUGCUUUAUAUUCACAUUUAUAGUUCCUUAAUAAUUAUAUAACAUAUAUAACUGAAAAUAAUAGAUACGGAAUAAAACACUGAUUUUAUUAAAGAAUAAAUGUUCUGAAUUAAUGGUAUGCAUAUCCACCUUACCUGCAUAAUUUUCAGCAAAAUUAAUAAAUUUGCAUGGCGUUAUUGCUAUAUGGCUAGCCCAUGAAUUAUGUGAUAAUAAGUUUCGGAUAAACACAAAGACUCCCUUAAUGUACGUAUUUAAUUAAUUGCUGCAAACGUACUUAUCUACAAACAAUACCAAGUACAAAAAUACAGAGCAAUAAAUUGACAUUAAGAAAUCUGCGAAAAAUCACAAAAAAAUAAAUAUAAACAUGUUUAUGACCACAAGAUAUCAUUAUAUUGCUGAGUGGGUCGGUAUUAUGGACCCGACUACGAAUAUGAUUCAAGGUGGGAACGAACUAUUCUAAAUUUCAUCACGUCGCGGUGUUUAAAUUAACAGGAUUUCAGUGUCUUCAUAAAUAUUUGUUAAAGUCCUCGAAGUAUAUAUAGAGUCAAAAAGUUUUGGUGAUGACACGGUAUCGAGCAAUGUCAGCAAACGUAGAAACCUUAUGUACCAGGUAUACCCGAAAAGCCUGAAUAACAAUGCAUCACCCCGUCAAGAAAGUUCUUGUCAGUUUGUAUAAUGACGCAAGGAGGGGCAACAAGAAAAAGAAGGGUGAAAACCAUUUGCGCGCCCAAAUAAUUUCGUUCGGAAUGAAUCGAGGUUAAGAUAAACAAUGGGUACAUUGAAUGAUUGCCUUUAAUCUCUUUUCUAUAAUCGUUUGAGGUUCCAAAAGGGCACUCUGUCUCGAUCUCUUCACAAACAUUGAAUCACCGAGAUCAUGCACAAUAGCAUGGCAAUAGCUAUAAUGCCUUAAUUGGAUUUGUAAUUUAUGAUACGGUCUGGAUAUAUGUACACAUCAACUUACGAACUCUUAAUUUCUGGAGAAUAGUUCUCUGCGAGGUGGUGAAACUGGAUCGACAAGCAAGUGUUAUGUUGUGUUAAGCGGGUGUUAAGAUGGCAUACCUUUAUUUGGAAACUCCACUGUCUUGAUUGGGAGUUGGACAACAACAUAAUCACCACAUGAUAUUCACGGAACAUCUGGUGUAGUAAUCAUUAAUCAACUAAUCUCACAAGCAAGUCAUACUCUGAAUGACAUCCAUAUAGGCCUGUACAUUAUGUGAACUUUCAGUUAUAUGCCUGGCUUUAUAUCCACACUCUCGAAAUUUCCGUAUAAGAAGAGGCAAGUGCAAUCGCUAUUGUUUUUACCGACCCGGAUACAAAAGGGAGUGUGCGCAUAAAAAAAUCCAAUCCCAGCUAGGAAUAUCAUUCUGAGUCAUCAAUGGAGUUUGAUACGUCCCUUGUGAUACUAACGAAUAGAUUCGAAACCAGUACCUACCGUGACUAUCAACGAGCAGAUAGAGUGAUAUUUAUACAGAUUAUCAUCAGAAACACUAAAUGGGCAUGAUUGUGGUGAGCGAUAUACACUGAAGUCUUGAAAACAAGCCAUAUUUUUCCAUGGGCACGAUGUUUUAGCACUAUCGAUAUUCGUGCGUUGUAUACCUCAGAGCUCAGAAAGUUGCUGAUAAUGUCAGCGAAUACUUCCAUGAUAUCACAUCGAAAAUAAAAAGCAAUGUGUUACAGUCAUUUCACGGAUAUUGAACUCAUGCAUGAUCUACGCCAUCAACCUUAAUUAGGCAUCCGGCACGUGUGGGGGAAUCGAUAUAUUACAUCUUGCAGUUUGAGAAGUUUUUAGAACUCGAGUUAGAGGCGGUGGUCGUCAUGGAGCAGAACGCAUGGCAGACGAGGACACACCUCCUUGCCGUGCUCGUCAUCUUCUGGAUCUACCUCUUCAUCGGCGCUUUGAUCUUCACUUCCAUCGAAAGGCGACAUGCGGACAAUCUCCAUCAUAGAUUCCUCCACACCGCCAUCGAUUUCGUCGCCAACAACUCCUGCGUCGAUCAUGGUGACCUGCAGACCUACUCCAAUGUCCUGAUCGAUGUCUAUACCGGGGGACUUCGAUGGACCACCGAUCAAGGCUUCAAUUCAUCAAAACAUCAUUAUCAUCAUUGGGAUCUUGUAGAUUCACUCUUCUUUUGUGCAACGGUCGUCACCACUAUAGGUUAUGGUAAUUUGGCCCCGAGUACUGAACUUGGCCGAUCAAUCUGCAUUAUAUAUGCAUUGAUUGGUAUACCCCUUAGUGGUCUUCUCGUCACCAUCAUCGGGCAGCAGCUCAAAAAGCGACUCAGGGGUAUCUGGCGUCGUCUCCUUGUUCGGCUGCACUGCAUCACAACCAGGGAAUCAUCAAUAGCCCAUCGUAUAGCAUCGUUCAUGGCCGUCGUUGUCGCUGGUGUUGCCUUCUACGUCAUUCUCAUUAUCAUCCCCGCGUGCCUGUUCAACUACAUCGAAGGUUGGAACUGGCUAACGAGUCAAUACUAUGCUUUCAUCUCUUUCACAACUAUCGGGUUCGGGGAUUAUGUUGCUGGUGACGGUCAGACCCUGACUGCGGUCGGUCGCGUGGUCUACAAAGUUAUUCUCAUUUUUUACCUUGUCUUUGGGAUGGGGUUCGUCACCAUGCUCUUACAGGGACUCCAGCACCGCAAUGCUCAAAAGGUGAGGCAGUUCGCACAACGAAGAGUCAUCAGGAGAAUCAGGAAAAAGAAACGUAAGGCUGGAUUGGACGAGGCAGACGGAAGCUUCUCCAAAGAGAUGCAUUCGGAGAGUGAUGAGUACGUCGUCAUAACAACGGAUGUUGUUGGAGAUGAUAGUCAAGGGGAGGUGUUUGAGAUGCAGGAACUGGAAUCGGGUGUAGCCUUUGAAACUGUGUCACUUGUCGAUGAUGUUAUGCAAACACAAUCCACCUUGACAUUUGAUGCUGCUACACAGACAGACCGGUUGAAAGUUGAUAAUGGUUGUUGUUGUUGUUGUCAUAGCAAGUCAGAGAGGGAUAAUAGUAGUACAAUGACAUCGAAGUCUUCACAAUCGUCUUCCUUUUCAUCAUCUGAAUUGAAGGCUGUAAAUGGCCAUGAGAUGACGUGGAAGAUUACUGAAAACUUAGCUGAAUAUAAGCCUUGAUUUACCUAUUUCUUAAUGCGUUAUUUUUUAACUUCAUUUUUCUUGAUCUUGUCACUGUCUUGAUUAACAUGAAUACAAGUACCAAACUAGUCAUUUUAGUGUUUUAAGACUGAUUUUAUACUUUUCAGGCCCAAAUCUUUUAGUGAUUAUCAUGUCUUGUCACUCAGUAUGCGCUUGAAAAUUUGAAAACACUUGUAUUAUCUUCACUCCCGUUGUUUGCUGUCCUCAAUAAAUAUAUCAGAUAUGCAAAUAUUACUAAGUCCAUAUAUAUUCUUGUAGUUUUACAAUAAACAGAAAGUGUAUGUGGUGGUUUUAAAUGUAAAAAAUAAAAAAAUAGCCCCCAAAUUAAAUCAAAUAAUAAACUCUAAACAGGGAGUGGAAAACGAAGCAUUACGUCACAAUCGCCGACUUCUUGUAUCGACAACAUUAUUGACAAUUUCUUCUUUUAUCCAUGUAGGCAUCUAAUUGAAUAUUAAAAAAAGUGCAAUAUAUCAUAAAGAUAUUGCGCGGGAAUUCGCUAUCAAUGGCGGAACGAGCAUACAGAAGAAAGCCGAAACAAUUAAAUAUUGAAAGUGCAAUAAAAGAAAGGGAUUAAAAUAAUUGACGUGUUUUUAUUCUAGAUUAAAUGCUACGUUUAAGAUUGUACUAUUUUCAUAUCAUUUGCAUAUACUAGUAUGGAUAAUGCGCACUCGUUACUUGUAAUUGUAACACUAUCAUUUUGCCUAUACGUGUUUGAUUCAAAGGCAUAUUCUACAUGAGAAAUUAUAUUUUAUUUCAUGCAUAAAUAGAUCAUGAUGUUGGAUCACCAACUGUCAUCAAUAUGUAUAUCAGUGAUUUUUCCCCCAUGUGAUCACUACUCAAUAUUAACUCUGUGUGUGUUACGUGUUUAAAAUUGCACAUUCGUAUUAAUCUGUGAACCAAAAAUUAGAAUGGCUCUUUUAGUAGUUCCCUCUAUUCAAUACACGGUGGUUAAUGUAAUAACCAAUACAUGCAGAAUUUAAAGUAGGUGUCUAAUUAAAAAUUGUAGUGAUUAUUAUCUCCUAAAAAUGAACUUUCACACAAAAAGAGUUGAAGAGUCAUUCCGCAGCUUUAUCAUUCCUUCUCUUAAAGAGGGAGUUGGGGCAUUUUAAGGGACUAUGGACUUAUAUUUUUACUAUACAAAGAUUUCCUGUUCAGUCGCAGUAUUCCGGACUUGUCGCAUUUUACUAUGGAGACACUUUCUAGAACGCACCAAUUCCUUUGAAAAUGCAAGACAAAUCACAAUGGAGAGAUGAGAGGCUUUUGUAGAUAGUUGGUGACCCGUGACUCUAGACAACGACAUAUUUGCAAUUGUUCGUUCGGUGCAAAUCUUCGGAUGAUAUGUUGUCCCCAGGGGCGGAUCCAGCUUUCGCCAAUAGGGGGGGGGGGCGAAAAAUAUUUUCAUCAACAUUUUUCUCGAUUGGCCGCUAUAAUCUGAUUUUUUUUUAUUUUUUUUUGGGGGGGGUUCAGGGGGUAGUCCUAACUAGAGACUGAAGUUUUAAGUAUAUGUUAGUUUUUAUUGUUAUAAACAAGAUAAGGUAUCUCAUGUGGUCUUAAUAUAUAAUGUGAGCGCGAAGCGCGAGCUCAAAUUCUUUGAUAUUUAUGUCCUUAGACCUGAAGAUUCUGAGGAGAUUUUAUAAUCAUGAAAAAGAUGCGUAUCCAACUAAACAAUGCGAGCGCGAAGUGCGAGCCGAAAUUUUAUCAUAGUAACGUGAAAAGGGACUCAAUUAGGACUGUUUUUAGUGAUUAAUGAAGAGGAUACAAGUAUCACCAAUUAAAUAAUGAGAGUGCGAAGCGCGAGCUCAAAAUUUUUGAUAUUCCGACCUGAAAACUGGACAGUCUAAGCGCGUUUUUAUUUAAAUACAGAAAAAGCUGUGUGUCUCAAACAAUUAAAUGCGAGCGCGAAGCACAAGCUCAAUUUUUUUAUAUACUGACAUGAUAAAGGAGAAUUUUGACAAAUUCUGGUAAGAAUUUCCAAAGAGGAUAGGUAACUCACAAAUCAAACAAUGCGAGCGCGCAGCGCGAGCUGAAAAUUUUGAUAUAAACAAUUUGUGUAAAACAAACAAAAUAAUUAAUGCUUGAUGUGCGAGCUAAAAUAUUGUGUGCAAAUUGAUUUCAGAUCUGGAUAUAUAAGUGUCAUUUAAUCCUCUUGAAUGGGAUUCAUUGGCACAGGCAAUGCGAGCGCGAAGCGCAAGCGAAAUUUUUUAUAUAAAGUUCUUUUUCCAAUUCUUCCCCUCACCCUUUUCUUGUUUCCUUUCGGGGUCGGGCCGGCCGUUACGAGGUUGUAAAUUACACAUCCUGGGUAUGAUACCUCUUUCCUACUUUUCUUUAGUGUUUUUCCUAUAGUACACUUUGUCUGCAGGUUGUAAAAAAAUAGGGGGUCCGGGGCCGGCUCGGCCCCCUCCUGGAUCCGCGCCUGGUCCCAGUCCAUCAACUUUCGAUAAAAGCCUCUCAGCUCUCCAUUGUGAUUUUAAUAGCAUUUUCAAAGGAAUCGAUGCGUUGUAGAGUUUCCCUGUAGUAAAUGCGAAAGCAACAUAUUUUAACACGCUCUGCAACAGUUCCUGUGAUUAUUAUGUGAGUUAUAUUCUUAUGUUUCAAGAAAAAUACUUUUUAAAAAUAAAAUAGUAAAUGGAUAUGUAUGUAUUCUGUAAUUCAUUUUGUUGGUAUAAAUGAGAUGUGGGGGUAUUUUAUGUCAUGUUUUCAGUCAUUAAAUGAAUGUGAUUUUUAUUAAAA